CUCACCCUGGGACGCUACGCAGAGUUUGUUGCCCGCGGGAGCCAUGUCAUCUGACACCGUUUGCCUCGACCUGCAGCCCUACCGCAACAGCACCGACGAGGAGCAGAACGGCCCCCCUGCCCUCAGUCCUGCCUCGAGGAGACUCGCCAGGGACCCGCCCAAGGAUUACGUCCUCUGGUCGCUGUUCAACCUUCUUUUCUUAAGUGGCUACUGCUUCUGCUGCCUCAGUUUCGCUGCCCUCGUCUUCUCCAUCAAGUCAAGGGAUCGUAAAGUUAUUGGAGAUCCUGAAAGUGCGGCUACCUAUGGGAAGAAAGCCAGAUGCCUGAACAUUGUUGCCUUUAUCUUGGGCAUUGCAAUCACUAUUGUUUGUUUCCUUGCAAUAUUUUUAAGUGCAAGUUACACCUUUGAAAUGUGCAGAGAAAUGAUGAAGAAACACCAGUGAUUACAGCCAGAUCAAGGGAGAACAAAUGAUUCAUCCAGGAUAUCCUCACCAAACAUUUUGCUUCUAAGCUUUGACUGCCUCACUUCUCUCUCGCCUGUAUAUUUUCCCUUGUCAAAAGGAGGAAUUCUAUGUAGUGCAGUUUAACACAACUUGCCGUAUUGAAAAUGGGAGAGAUUUAUAUUGCGUCUAGAGCAGAGUUUUUCAAACUGAGUUCCACGGAACCCCAGACUUCCAUGAUACCUUGACGGGGCUCAUGAGAAGCUACGACCAAACAAGCAACGUUCAGGUCAACACAGCCAGUGGUAUGCAGAGCAAUUUUUCUAAGGAAAAGCAAUCAUGUCCCACUCAUUGAACACUGAUUUGUGUGGUUAAACACUAAACUCUCAAGUAAUUGUGAAAUUCAAGUUUAAUUUUUUGUAUACUAGAAAUGUUAAUUUUCCAUUUAUAAUAGUUUAUUUUUUAUACUUGGGAUAAAUGGAGGAACUUACUGGGACAGUAAUUGGGGCAACAGUUUUCGUGAAAUUCAAAUAACUUUAUAAAUUUGCAUAAAUAAAUGACAAAAGGCGCAAAAAA